CAGGCCGUUGUGGUUUGAGGCGCAUCCCACCUUGCGCAACAUCAUUGCCACCAUUUUAUACGACAGUCUGAUACAAAUAAUAUAUUUUGAAUAGCCUGUUUGUUAAAUAGACCAUUUAUAUAUCAUGAGUUCGCCGGGUUCUGUCAACUCCGACCCGGCGCCGCCUUUCAUGGUCCGGUUGUUUUACAGAGCUGGGUCACUGUAUCAGGUAUCGGAUUUCUGUUCAUCACCUUCACCUCCAUCUAUUGAAGUUCACACAUGGUAUUCUUGUACUCUGUACGAGCUAGCUUUGGAGCUCGCCGACGCACGACCGAGCGCCUUUCCCUCGCCUGCUGUCGGCACAAGGCUUGUCUUUCAGCUUAUCUCCCCAGAAGAUGACGACAGCGACAACGAAGGGAGCUCACGUGCAAGAUUCUCCGCCAAGGAUCUCGGUAGCGUUGUCAUAGGAGAAGGAGGCCCCGGGGCAGAGAUAGAAAACGACCCAGCGACGGAGCGCCGAGAGCGUGAACUGCCACGAACGCUGGACGAGGCUCGGUUCCUCGAAGGCGACUAUAUCUCUUGCGCUAUCCUCGCCCCAAUGUCAGACGGGUCCGUCGCGCAUGCCUCUCUAGCUAAAGUCAAUGUUGGCUCAACACGGUCAAGGCAUCGCCAAAACCAAGCCAGCCAUUUUGGUCCUGGCCGACGGCCCAAAGGCACGCGAUCGCCGCCAUACUCAGGUAACACUGUCCCUAUGGGUGAUUGGGAUCGAAAUUACAAUAUGGAUUACUAUGGAGAUCGGGGAUCAAAUAGCCGCAACCGAUGGUGAUGGGGCGGGCAUAACGAUAGACGAACAGGCAGCCACCGGUGAUGGGCUAAUGUGCCAUAUUAUACCCUGUAAAUAUAUUUCCACGCUAUUCAUUUAUUUCACUUUUCAAAAUUGUAUCGGUUUUGUUGACAAAGGGACUGCAAAGUCUUCAAUUGGACUUGGAAUCUUUUGGUAUAGUAUUAUAUGUACAAGGCUCCCACGCUUUCCUCCCAUCAUCGUUACAUUUAUUUCUCGAGAAUGCUGUCGCCCUUGCGCUUUCCGAGGAAGUUAUAGCGACCCUGGGUUAUGUUAGCGUAACCAUCUCCCAACACACCUCUCCUGGAAGCGAGACUACUUACGUCGGUCUUGUAGGCGAUGUAGCCCAUAAUGGCGGGCACAACACAGACGUACAUAAAGGUAAUUCUAGCGGUUCGGGGGGUCCAUCGGAAGUACUGGUGACGAGUUCUCUGCAUAGCUGUCGGUGCCUGUGUGUUAGCUCUCUGCGCUUCGUUUUAUUUCGCGGUUUUCGAAUCGGGGAUGUCUACGAACCAGCCAGCUUCAUGAAGCCCGGGUCGGGCUUGACAUCUACAAAAUGUUAGCAGGGAUAGUAAAUCGAAUGCGUGAAUGUCGCAAUUGCGUACUGAGAUGCGCCAUGGUGGGCUGUGUGACGAUCGAAAC